AUGGAUGGCGCCUGCGCCGCACUGCCCUGCGAGGUGGGCGCGGCCUCGCCGUCCCGUUCGGCCCGCAGAAGAAGGAGAGCGGCGGUGGUGGCGAUCCGCCACGCGCAGCGUGCAGCUUGCGCGCUGUCCGCCUCGCUUGGGCUGUCGAUGCCCAUGGACUGGGUGGAGGUCGACGCGGGCCAGGGAGAUGAGCCUGGAGUGUGGCACAUCCCUGCUGCCGACACGCUGCACUGUGACGCGAUUGCCUGGGCAGCCGCAGCAUUCGCAGAUGGUGUCGCUGCGGGCUGUCACAUCGUCCCUCUUCUCCGUGGCGACGACGCGGAGCCCGAGGUGAGCUUCAACGACUUCCCGCUGGUCGACGGGGACCAGCCGAGCACGAAGAGCAACCAAGGCAGUACCCAGAACGCUUACGAGACGGAGGUGAACUCGGGCGACGUGCUGCAGAUCCUUGCGCGGUGGGGGGCCGCACAAACAACCCCCAAAAUCGCGGAGCCCAUGAGCCAGGGCAGGAUGCUCAACACCUUCGGCACGGAGCUGAGCGCCGACGGCAACCUGGAGGCCGACGGGGCGCAGGUGAGCAUCGACAACAGCCCGCUGGUCGACGGGGGCCAGCAGAGUUUCAAGGGCUACCAGGGCAGUGCCCUCCCCACCUACCUGACGGAGGUGAGCAAGAGCGACGUGCUGCAGGACCUUGCGCGGUGGGGGGCCGCACAAACAACCCCCAAAAUCGCGGAGCCCGUGGGCCAGGGCAGGAUGCUCGACACCUUCGGCACGGAGCUGAGCGCCGGCGGCAAUCUGGAGGCCGACGGGGCGCAGGUGAGCAAGGGCGACGUGCUGCAGGACCUGGCGCGGUGGGGGGCCGCACAAACAACCCCCAGAGACACCGAGGUGGUCUUGGACGGCAAGGCGACCAACAUCGAUGCGUACGAGGCGACCGCAGGCGAGCCGUGCACAGGCUGGCAAUGGUGGCGUGCGCGACAUGAGAUAGCGGACGAGUGGAUUUUCGAGAUCGCCCUGGCGGCGGGCUGGGCCAGGCAGGACAGCUUUGGUCCGCGCGCCCAGCCGCUCAACCGCGCGCUGGCCAUGACACGGGCCAGCGCGCACAAGCACCCCCUGCUCCACGGCUGGGUCGACUACAGGACCAACCGCAUUGGCAUGGGGCUGCAGACAUGGGGGCACUCGGCGCCCAUGUGGGGCGAAGGUUUCUUCGUGAACGACAUGUGCCCGUUUGGGCACAGGCAUUUCGCCGACGACUCACUGGUCGUCGACGACGUCCUUCAGAAGGAGGUGCAGCUCGAGCGGACCAGAGCGACCUGGCGCUCGAUCGUGAGGCGGCGUGCAGGGCCGCAGCCGAGGGAGUGCGCAGAGCAGGCCGAGGAGGAGGCCACGAAGUUCAGCGUGCAGGGCCGCUGA